AUGACGCCUCAUGAACGUCUGAUGAUGCUCCUCGAGGGUGAUAUGGGCCUUAUGGAUUUGGAUACCGGCCUGAACAGACCCAGCACCGCCCCUCCUGCACAGGCUGAGGAUGAAGCCGUUCGUGGUUCCAAGUCCGACGAAGCCAAGCAAGGUGUAAGUGGAAAUUUUUCUGAAUUUUAUCGUGAUCCGAACAACCCAAUGGUGAUGACUGAGCGUCAAAACCUUCCUGUUUCUUAUGUCCGUUCUUUUGUAAUUGGACAGUCUGCUGAGCCAGAAAACAAUCGUUUGACCGGAUUUAAUCAGGGUGACGAUGAUUCCAGCGACUCUCUGGACCUCCACCUUGAUGAACUGGAGCACCAGGGGAAGGACAAUGGUGGUGUCGGUCCUAGUAUGGUCGGGAAGCAGGUCACUACGAUCUCGACUCUGACACGCUUCACUCCCGCCGUCGCUAUGGCCCGGUUUCCGUUCAAGUAUGUUCACGGGGAGAACUCCAAGAGAAUCGAUGCGAGAUUCUAUCAGGGCAAUAAGUUUUGGAAUCGGACCUGGGAUCUGUAUUAUUUGCCGGUUCCAAAGGCGAUUUAUGAGCGCGUGUUUCUCUUGAUUCCCACCGUCCAGGCUCAAGGAUUCAUAAAUGAAAUUAACUCCACCCUGAGACUGAAUUUGACUCUCAUGGGUCCGGGCAAACAAGGUCUUGUGGUUGCGUUCAACGAUGACUCGCCGGUGCGCCCAAUCUUGCUCGGCCAAAGCAGCUCCCUAGCUCAGAAGAUACAACUCGAAGAAUCUGUUCCUGUCCCUUUCAAGAACUGGGGGAUGCGUCCGCUCAUGUCUCGUGUGUCCAAGGACUUCGAAGAAAGAAUCAAGGAAUCUGUUGCGACGAUCAAGAAGAAGUGGGGAAAGGAUGCCCAGAAGCAGGCAGAUCAAGAUGCUCGAAUCAAGAUGUGGACGGAAUGCCUAUGCCGUGUGCAAGCGUACUUCGGACUGCGUCCUCCCCUGCAGCCGGGCCGUGAACAGCCAUCGUUUGCCAACCGACAGAUCCGACGUAUUGAUGUUCUCAGUCCUGUCAAAUGGUAUUUCCAUGAUGCGCCGAUCUUUCUCAGCAUUGAUAUCGAGUGGAAUGAGCGUUAUCCAUCUCAGCUCACUGAGGUCGGAAUUUCGACUCUGGAUACAAUGGACUUGCGUGGCCUUAUCCCUGGCGAUUAUGGAGAACUGUGGAUGAAAGAAAUUCGAACCCGUCACUUGCGUGUGGCUGAGUACAAAAACUGGGUCAACCAUGAGUUCGUGUCUGGAUGUCCCACCAAGUUCGGAUUCGGCAAGAGCGAGAUUAUUCCAAACGCUGAGAUUCCAGAGGUUGUGGAUGCUGCGUUCCAGCCGCCGUAUAUGGUGGCCGCGGAGGACGAUAGAAUCCCCCGAUACAAGACUCAUAAGCGAAACUUGAUCCUCGUUGGCAUCAAUCUCCGCAAUGAUCUCAAACUUCUCCGGGAAAAACAAUGCCAAGUCUUCCUCGAUUUGAAGGGUUCUUCUUCCAUCAUUCGUGAGGUUGUUGACGUGGCAGAGCUGUACCGAGUGGAGCACGGGGAGCUCCAGUUGCGAGGCCUUCAAUCACUGCUUGGUGUUCUGAAUAUCUUGUCUUGCGACUUGCACAAUGCGGGAAAUGAUGCACACUACACCAUGCAGGCUCUCGUACGAUUGAUGCUUUGGGUAGCCGGAGAGCAACCCGCAGGCCACGAGCGUGCUGACAGUGACAGCCGUGAAGACCGUGACAAGAAACCCAAGGUUGAGCCCAAGGAUGAAAUGUCUGGUGGCAUUAACGAGGAUCGUUUCACCUAA